GUCCCCCGGCUCAGGAUGGAGCAGCUGGACGAAGUGGAGCUGCUGCUGGAGAAGAGUUUCUGGGAGGAGGCAGAGCCACCGGCCGAGACAUUUCAGAAGAAAGUGGAAGCUUCUAAAACUGUGCUGAGCCGAGGAAUGGAUAACCGGUACCUGGUUGUAGCUGUCAGUAUUGUACAGAAUGAAGAGGGAAGUCAGGAAAAACAUCUAACCAUUACUACUUGCCAAUCACUGGAACAUAAAGAACUAUGCAUCCUUAGGAAUGACUGGUGUUCUGUUCUAGUAGAGCCAGGGGACAUCAUUCAUUUGGAAGGAGACUGCACAUCUGACACGUGGAUAAUUGAUAAAGAUUCGGGGUAUUUAGUUCUGUAUCCAGACAUGCUGAUUUCUGGCACAAGUGUAGCCAGUAGUAUUCGAUGUAUGAGAAGAGCUGUUCUGAGUGAAACUUUUAGGAGGUCUGAUCCUACCACACGCCAAAUGCUUGUUGGUACCAUUCUUCAUGAAGUAUUUCAAAAAGCAGUAAGUGAUAGCUUUGCUCCAGAAAAGCUACAAGAACUUGCAUUUCAAACUGUUCAAGAAAUAAGGCACCUGAAGGAGAUGUACCGCUUAAAUCUGAAUCAAGGUGAACUAAGGCAAGAAGUUGAGGAGUAUCUUCCUUCAUUUUCAAAGUGGGCUGGAGAUUUCAUGAAUAAGGAUACUUCAACUGACUUCCCUCAGAUGGAGCUCUCUCUACCAAGUGAUGAUAGUAAGAAUAAUUCCACAUGUAAUAUUGAAGUCAUAAAAUCACUGGAUAUUGAAGAAAGUAUUUGGUCCCCUAGGUUUGGAUUAAAGGGCAAAAUAGAUGUUACAGUUGGUGUGAAAAUACAUCGAGGGUGUAAAACGAAAUAUAAAAUAAUGCCUUUGGAACUUAAAACUGGCAAAGAAUCUAAUUCUAUUGAACACCGUAGUCAGGUUAUUCUGUACACACUGCUAAGCCAAGAAAGAAGAGCUGAUCCUGAGGCUGGCUUACUCCUCUACCUCAAGACUGGCCAGAUGUACCCUGUACCUGCCAAACAUCUAGAUAAAAGAGAAUUAUUAAAGCUAAGAAACCAGAUGGCAUUCUCUUUGUCUCAUCGUAUCAGCAAAUCUGCUGCAGGAAAGGAGAAGACACAGCUUGCUCCUUUGCCAGAAAUAAUUGAGGACUAUCAAACCUGUAAACAUUGCUCACAAGUGGACAUCUGUGCUCUGUAUAGCAGAGCAUUUGAACAACAAUCGGGCUGUUCAGUCCCGAUUGGCAUGCUGCCCAAAAUAACAGAAGAAACCCAGCAUCUGACGCUUGCACACUUAGAGUAUUUCAGCCUCUGGUAUCUAAUGUUAACCUUGGAAGCACAAUCAAAGGACAACAGAAAGAAUUAUCAGAAUAUAUGGCUAAUGCCGGCUUUGGAAAUGGAGGAAAGGGGCAACUGCAUUGGAGACCUGAUUAGAACAGAAAAUGUAAUAACAGUUUGUGAAGGCCUAUAUUUACAUCAUUUUCGACGGAAAACUGGUGCUGUGCCUGUCACAAAUCUAAUGGCAGGUGACAGGAUUAUUUUAAGUGGAGAAGAGAGAGCACUCUUUGCUUUGUCUAGGGGAUAUGUGAAGAAGAUUGAUGUGGCAACAGUAACCUGCUUACUAGACAGGAAUUUGUCAGCACUCCCAAAAUCUACUCUGCUCAGACUAGACCAAGAAGAAAAGAAUUGUGAUAUAGUUACCCCGCUAACAAAUCUCUCUAAAUUGAUGGAAAACACUUAUGCCAGCAAAAAACUUCGGGAUUUAAUCAUUGACUUUCGUGAACCUCAGUUUAUAUCAUACCUCAGUUCUGUUCUCCCACAUGAUGCAAAGGAUACAGUUGCCAGCAUUCUCAAAGGUUUGAAUAAACCUCAAAGGCAAGCAAUGAAAAAGGUACUUCUUUCAAAAGACUACACACUCAUUGUGGGUAUGCCCGGGACCGGAAAGACAACUACAAUAUGUACUCUUGUACGAAUCCUCCAUGCCUGUGGUUUUAGUGUUUUGUUAACCAGCUAUACACACUCUGCUGUUGACAAUAUUCUUUUGAAGUUAGCGAAGUUCAAAGUAGGAUUUUUGCGUUUGGGUCAGACUCAGAAGGUUCAUCCAGAUAUCCAGAAAUUUACAGAGGAGGAAAUCUGCAGAUCAGAGUCCAUUACAUCUUUAUCUCAUUUAGAAGCACUCUACAAUAGUCAACUCAUAGUUGCAACAACAUGUAUGGGAAUAAAUCAUCCUAUUUUUUCCCGCAAAAUUUUUGAUUUUUGUAUUGUGGAUGAAGCAUCUCAAAUUAGCCAGCCUGUUUGCCUGGGACCACUUUUUUUCUCACAGAGAUUUGUGUUGGUGGGAGAUCAUCAGCAACUUCCUCCCCUGGUGCUAAAUCGUGAAGCAAGAGCUCUUGGCAUGAGUGAAAGCUUAUUUAAGAGGCUGGAACAGAAUAAGAAUGCUGUUGUACAAUUAACUGUGCAGUACAGAAUGAACAGUAAAAUUAUGUCCUUAAGUAAUAAGCUGACAUAUGAGGGAAAGCUGGAGUGUGGAUCGGACAAAGUGGCCAAUGCAGUGAUAAAUCUACCUCACUUAAAAAAUGUGAAGCUGGAGCUGGAACUUUAUGCUGAUUAUUCUGAAAAUCCUUGGCUGAAUGGAGUAUUUGAGCCAAACAGUCCUGUUUGUUUUCUUAAUACAAACAAGGUUCCAGCACCAGAGCAAGUUGAAAAAGGUGGUGUGAGCAAUAUAAUAGAAGCCAAACUCAUAGUUUUCCUCACCUCACUAUUUAUUAAGGCUGGAUGUAAUCCAUCUGAUAUUGGUGUCAUUGCACCGUACAGGCAGCAGUUAAAGAUAAUCACUAACUUACUGGCACAUUCUUCGGUUGGGAUGGUCGAAGUUAAUACAGUGGACAGAUACCAAGGAAGAGACAAAAGUAUCAUCCUGGUAUCUUUUGUUAGAAGUAAUAAGGGUGGAAAUAUUGGUGAACUCUUAAAAGAUUGGCGGCGUCUUAAUGUUGCUAUAACCAGAGCCAAACAUAAACUAAUUCUCCUGGGAUGUGUGCCUUCCCUAAACCACUACCCUCCUUUGGAGAAACUACUUUGUCAUCUCAACUCAGAAAAAUUAAUCAUUGAUCUUCCAUCGGGAGACCAUGACAGUCUUUGUCAUGCACUGGGUGCUUUCCAAAGAUGA